CUUUCGGUUCUCCUCCAGACCGACCGCGUUUAUAAAGGCUGGCACCGUCAGCACGUUCCCUUUAGCUGAUAGGUAGGAGGCAGAGGGUACGACGGCGCUGAAAGCGAUUCGGCGUAUACGGAAGUGGCGAUCAUGGCAGAGUACGCGGGAAGAACUCUGCGCUUGGGCACGAUAAUGCUCUUGGCCACGGCUUUGUCCUGGACGUCAGCGGAACCUUCCUGCUUUCAAAUCGACGGCCACAAGUACCGGCGGGUAAUAUGCCGAGAGUUCGAGUCUCCCGAUGACUUCAAGAAACACGUGCCGCGAAGCGAAUCUUCCAAGGAUACCUGGUUCCUCCUCAUCGACAGCGCCAUGGACCGCCUUCCUCCGGCCGCCUUCGCGGGUCUCAAUGUGUCGGAGCUGAUUCUCAGCAACGUCACUGUGAGCUCACUGGACGUGCCGGAAGGUGGCGAGGGACCGUUUUCAGGCCUCGAGCAAUCAUUGCAGAAGAUGGUCUUUCGGAGAGACAGCACGCUGCCUUCUUCGUGGUCGCAGCUGGGCCAGGUGGUCGCCCUGCAGGAACUGCACCUCCAGCGUUACUCGAACCUGAACCUGACGCGCGACUUCGGCAAGCUUCCACCUGGCCUCAAGCUCGUGUUCGUGUUCGACUCUAUCUUGAACAAGGUGGACGACGACUGGCUCGCGGAUCUGAACAACUUGGAGACGGUCAUCGUCCGCGUCACCAACCUGCCGGUCUUCGCUCGCUCCAUGCUUCCGAGGCCAGCGCCCAAGCUGAGGACACUGGACCUGGCCGAGAACAACCUUCGCGCAUUUCCGCAAGGGAUCGGCGAAGACCUUCCGGCAUUGCAGUUCGUCAACCUCGAGGACAACCGCAUCACGACGCUCGACGAAAAGGACGUUGCGCCGCUGCACAGGGACUCCGUGCUCGUUCGACUCAUCGGCAACCCGAUGCACUGCGACUGCCGGCUGUGGUUCCUUCUGGACUACACGGACAGAUGGCACUACUUCCUGUGCCGGUCACCCGAGAUCCACCAGGGACGCUACAUCAAGAUGCUGUCGGAACCGGAGCUGCCCUGCGAAUACGAGACGCCACCCGUGCUCGCGUCAGGCGUCGCUGUCGUCCCCGGAUCUUCAGCGGCGCCUGCGGCUGACGCUUCGCCGCCUGCCACUCAAGCCACGUCUUCGGAAAAUCCCUCCUCCUCCUCAGCAGCGCGAUAAAAGAAGUUGCUGCGAACAUAAAUACGCCAAAUGCCCGAGAUAUUUCGUGUCUUUUUCUGCUGACGACAACAACACGCAUCACCAUGAAGAGGGGCAGCAAGUUAAAGAAAUGAGGUGGGAGGGGUAGGGGAGGAGUGUAGUAGCCGUAGCUUGGUGUCGAGCCGCAAUAAAUCGGUCGAGGGUUUGCUCAGACUUACGCCCAUUUCUUCACCAUAUUUUCAUCAUCGUCUAAUUAGCGCUAUUUUAAGCUAAUAGCUCUUUAUGUGACGUUAAAUAUGCGAAUUUCUUUUUUGAUACUGGUUACGGGCAUGAUAUCAGCUGGCCGCAGAAUGUGGGA